AAUGUCUCUAUACUCUGUAGAAUAAUUUGUAAUGAUGGUAAAUCACACUGUUAUGUAACAUUCUCUGUUUCGUUUGUUCAUCGGGUACUUUUUAAUGCAGAUCAGACAAUAAUGUUCUUAUUCUCGGAAUAAAGGUUUUAUUCUAAUGGCUGAUCUGUUCUCAGGGGUCGUGUCGGCAGUGUUGAGCUGUGUGUGAAUGAAGAAGAGUAAAUUAUGGAUCUUCAGAACUCCAGCAGUGGAGGAGGACCUCCUGUCAUAAAGGAGAAGAGAGCAGCAUCUCCAGCCCCCAGUGGAGUGUCUAUGAAGAGUGAUUGGUCCAUGUGGGAACCUCCAGUGUUCAGCAGUGGAGGAGGAAGCUCUGGGUCUCGAACUGAAACCCAGAGAGGAGCUUCUCCAGAGCCCAGCUGUGUGUCUAUGAAGAGUGACCGGUCCAUGGAGGAUCAUCCUUAUUUCAGCAGUGAUGAUAUGACCUCUGACCCACAGGAGAAGAGAGCAGCAUCUCCAGCCCCCAGUGGAGUGUCUAUGAAGAGUGACGGGUCCAUGCCUCAUCCUCUAAACUUCAGCAGUGGAGGAGGAAGCUCUGGGUCUCGAACUGAAACCCAGAGAGGAGCUUCUCCAGAGCCCAGCUGUGUGUCUAUGAAGAGUGACCGGUCCAUGAAGGAUUUUCCUAAUUUCAGCAGUGAAGAUAUGACCUCUGACCCACAGGAGAAGAGAGCAGCAUCUCCAGCCCCCAGUGGAGUGUCUAUGAAGAGUGACGGGUCCAUGCAUCAUCCUCCAGUGUUCAGCAGUGGAGGAGGAAGCUCUGGGUCUCGAACUAAAACCCAGAGAGGAGCUUCUCCAGAACCCAGCUGUGUUUCUAUGAAGAGUGACCAGUCCAUGAGCUUCCCUCUUAAUUUCAGCAGUGAAGAUAUGACCUCCGACCCACAUAAGAAGAAAAUAAACAAUUACAGGGAAAAACUGGACCACAUAUUCAAGGAGCUGCAGCAGAAGUUUUUCUCUCUAGUGAAGAACGAGCUGAACACAUUCAAGAAGCUCCUGAGUCCAGAUUACCCAGCAUGCUCUGAGAGAGAGGAGGAGGAUGAUCAGAGGGAGGGGGUGCUGAUGAUCACACUGCACAUCCUGAGGAACAUGAAGCAGACAGACCUCGCUAACACACUAGAGAGCAAAUUAACCCCAGCAUGUCAACGAAAGCUCAAAUCCAAACUGAGGGAUAAAUAUCAGAAAAUUAAUGAAGGAAUUUCAGGCUAUGGAAACUCAGCACUUCUGAAUGAGAUCUACACAGAGCUCUACAUCACAGAGGGAGGGGGUGGAGAUGUCAAUCAGGAACAUGAGGUGAAGCAGAUUGAAGCUGCAUCCAGGAAAAGGCAAACUCAGGAAAGACCAAUCAAAUGCAAUGACAUCUUUAAACCCUUACCAGAACAGAACCAGCCCAUCAAAACUGUACUGACUAAAGGAGUUGCUGGAAUUGGAAAAACAGUCUCAGUGCAGAAGUUCAUUCUGGACUGGGCUGAAGGAGAAGUAAAUCAAGAUGUUCUCUUUAUAUUUCCACUUCCUUUUAGAGAGCUGAAUCUGAUGAAGGAGAAGAAGCUCAGUCUGUUGAAUCUUCUUCAGAGCUUCUUCACAGAAACACAAGAUUUAAAACCAAGACAUUAUAAGGGCUACAAACUCAUGUUUAUCUUUGAUGGUCUGGAUGAGUGUCGCCUGCCUCUGGAUUUCAAGAACAAUGAGAACUUGGUAGAUAUAGAAGAGCAAACCUCAGUGGAUGUUCUGCUGACAAAUCUCAUCAAGGGGAAUCUGCUUCCCUCUGCUCUUCUCUGGAUCACCUCUCGACCAGCGGCGGUCAGUCAGAUUCCUCCUGAGUGUGUUGAUCAGGUAACAGAAGUGCGGGGUUUCAGUGACCCUCAGAAACAGGAGUACUUCAUGAAGAGGAUUUGCGAUCAGGACCUGGCCAACAAAGUCUUCACACACAUCAGGUCUUCAAGAAGCCUCUACAUCAUGUGCCACAUACCAGUCUUCUGCUGGAUUACAGCCACUGUUCUAGAGAGAAUGCUGAGUGAAGCUGAGAGUGGAGAAAUCCCCAAAACCCUGACGCAGAUGUUCACACACUUCCUGAUAUUUCAGAUCAAACACAAGAGCCAGAAGUACAGUGGAAAAAGUGAGCCUGAUCCUCAGCAGACUAGAGAAAGUAUUCUGGCUCUGGGGAAACUGGCGUUCCAGCAGCUGGAGAAAGGAAACCUGAUCUUCUAUGAGCAAGAUCUAAGAGAGAGUGGCAUUGAUAUUAAAGAAGUAUCAGUGUACUCAGGAGUUUGUACCCAGAUCUUCAGGGAGGAACAUGAGCUACACCUGGGGAAGGUCUUCAGCUUCAUACAUCUGAGCGUUCAGGAAUUCCUCGCUGCUUUAUAUGCGUUUCUCAACAGAAAAAUUCCAAAAGAACAAUCCACUGAACAACAAACCAGUAAAGCUUUCAAGCUUUUCAGCAGGUCAACGAUGACUGGCUUCCUCAGCAGUGCUGUAGACCGAGCCUUACAGAGUGAGAGCGGACACCUGGACCUGUUCCUUCGUUUCCUUCUGGGUCUCUCACUGGAGUCUAAUCAGACUCUAUUACGGGACUUACUGACCCCAUCAGAAAGGAUCUCUCACAGCAACAAGGAAACAGUCAAAUACAUCAAGAAGAAGAUUGAGGAGAGCUCCUCUUCAGAGAAAUCCAUCAAUCUGUUCCACUGUUUGAAUGAACUGAAUGAUAAUUCUCUAGUGCAGGAAGUUCAGAAAUACCUUGGUGGAGGUGCUGACCGUCGUCUUCAUCAGGCCAGGCUCUCUCCUGCUCAGUGGUCAGCUCUGGUGUUUCUGUUGGUGAACUCAGAAGAAGAGCUGGAUGAGUUUGACCUCAGUAAAUAUCACCCAUCAGAGGAGUGUCUUCUGAAGCUGCUGCCAGUAGUCAAAAUAUCCAGAAGAGCUCUACUAGCUUCAUGCAAUCUUGGAGUAAAGACGUGUGAAAAUCUGGGAACGAUUUUAAACCUGGAAAACUCCUCCCUGAAAGAGAUAGACUUCAGUAACAAUGAUCUGCAGGAUUCAGGAGUGGAGCUGCUCUCUUCUGGACUAAGGAGUUCACACUGUAAACUGCAGAUUCUCAGAUUAUCAGGUUGUAUGAUCACAGAGACAGGUUGUUCUUCUCUGGCUUCAGCUCUGAUUUUAAACCCCUCCCACCUGAUAGAGCUGGAUCUGACCUACAACCACCCAGGAAAGUCAGGAGUGAAGCUGCUUUCUGCCAGACUAGAGGAUCCACACUGCAAACUGGAGAAACUCAGAGUGGAACAUGGAGGGAAGAUCAGAAUCAGACCUGGAUUAAAAAAAUACGGCUGUGAUUUCACACUGGAUCCAAACACAGCGCACCGUCGUCUCUCUCUGAGUGAGGAGAACAGGAGGGUGGAGUUUAGAGAGAAGCUGCAGUCGUAUCCUGAUCAUCCAGAGAGGUUUGAUGUGUAUCCGCAGGUUCUGAGUAGAGAGGGAGUUACUGGACGCUGUUACUGGGAGGCUGAGUGGAGCGGAGGAGGAGCUGAUGUAGCUCUGAGUUAUAAAACCAUCAGCAGGAAAGGAUGGGGAUCAGAGUGUCAGUUUGGAGAGAAUAUAAACUCCUGGAGACUGAUCUGCUCUGAUAACAGUUACUAUGUUCAUCACAAUAACAAGAGAACUGAACUCCCCCCUCCUCCCUCCGGCUGUAGGAGAGUAGGAGUGUAUGUGGACUGUCCCGCCGGCACUCUGUCCUUCUACAGAGUCUCCACUUAUACACACUCACACACUCUCACACACUUACACACACUCUACACCACCUUCACUCAGCCCCUCUAUGCAGGGAUUGGGAUUUAUUAUAAAGGCUCCUCAGUGCGUCUGUGUGAGAUUGAGUAAACCUGUGUGUGAUUCAGAGGCUGUUAGGAACACAAGCUGUAUAAAUACUUUCUAAUCUGGUCUAAAGACGGACUUGUUCAAACUGCCUCAUUAAUCUACAAUUGGUGUAUUUUAAUAUGUGAUAUAUUUCAGAGUAUUAACAUUAUUACUGUACAUUGUGUGUAUAUAUUCUUUUGUUUAUUUGCAAGUUUCAAACCAUUUUUUCUGUAUUCAAGUCUCCAGACAAAAACUAGUUUAAGGAGCCAAAAAAUCAGAGGCCAAUAUGUUUUAGCGAAGUGCCGAACAAUAAAAUGCAAACUAUUAAGCAUUUGGACUUUAACUGCACCUUAAACACAAUUCUAGAUUAAUCCUCCUUCCUAAGCCAAAGUCCUCUCACACACUUACGCAUUUUUUCAGUGUAAAAUUUGAGCACAUGAUUUGGAACAUCAACUUAAAAACAGUCCAAUCCUCUCCAAACCAUCACUGAUUGGAGCUUGAUGGAACCUUCCCACUAGACCUCAAACAGCUUGGACUACGUGCCUCUCCACUCUUCCUCCAGACUCUGCUCCCUUGAAGUCAGUGCACUCCAUGCCUCCCUCUGCUGACAACUUUUAUGAAGGUGCAGAUUUCAUUUUCCAGCAGGACUUGGCACACUGCCCACAGUGCCAAAAGUACCAAUUGAUCUUAUAGAAUAUUUUAUAUUUCUGAGACGCUGAUUUUUUUUUUAAUCAUCAACAAUAAAAUAAAUAAAUGCUUAAAAUAGAUCACUCUGUGUGUAAUACACCUAUAUAACAUAUGUGUUUCAAUUUUUUUCAAGUGAAUUGCUGAAAUAAAGUAACUUUUAAAAUAGA